CCUAAAACCCUCUCUGCCUCGUCUUACCUCCCUCCCCUUUCGUAUCUGAUCAGUGAUUUCUUUGAUUUUUCGGCUCAAUUCGGACCUCCCUCUCCCUUUCGUCUCUGAUUAGUGAUUUCAUUGAUUAGUAAUUUCUCCGAUUGGUCAUUUGGAUGAAGGCGCGAUUUUGAUUGGCAACGCAUUAUAAGAGCGUCAUGGCCAGUUAAUUGAGGUUGAUUUGAGCUCGAAUUCAAUCAGAACUGCAGGAGCAAGAUUCACCAGAUUACUCUUGUUCUGGGAGUAUCUCUAGUUUCCAUUGAGAAAUUAGAAAUUCAAGGAUACUGUCAAUUGAAGUCCAUAACCGACCAAAUUCUUUCUUAGAGCGGCCUUGAAGUCUUCUCCUCCUCCAGUAGCACCGGAGCAGCAGCUUUAGAAACACCUUUUCAAUCUUUCAACAAAACAAUCAAACAAAAGAUGAAGCUGGACGUGGACGUGUUGAGAUAUCUUUCUAAGGAUGAUUUCAGGGUUCUCACCGCAGUCGAGAUGGGCAUGAGGAACCACGAACUUGUUCCUACAGAGCUUAUCGAUCGCAUUGCAUCUCUUAAGUAUGGAGGCACUUAUAAGAUUCUGAAGAACUUGCUCAAGCAUAAACUGUUGCACCACGACUCUUCUAAAUACGAUGGGUUUCGUCUCACUUACCUUGGUUAUGAUUUCCUUGCCAUCAAAACCAUGGUUAAUCGCGGAGUAUUUACUUCUGUUGGACGUCAGAUUGGUGUCGGAAAAGAGUCUGAUAUCUUUGAGGUUGCAAAUGAAGAUGGUUUAGUCAUGGCAAUGAAGUUGCAUAGACUUGGUAGAACUUCUUUUAGGGCUGUCAAAGCCAAACGUGAUUAUUUGAGGCAUCGUAGCAGUUAUAAUUGGCUGUAUUUGUCCAGGCUUGCUGCGCUCAAAGAAUUUGCUUUUAUGAAGGCUUUGGAAAAUCAUGGUUUUCCUGUCCCUAGUGCUGUAGACUGCAAUAGGCACUGUGUUAUCAUGUCGCUUGUCCAAGGGUACCCACUCGUGCAAGUAAAACAAUUGCAAAAUCCAGAGAUUGUUUUUGAAACAAUCAUUAACAUUGUUGUUCGUCUGGCGGAACAUGGUCUCAUUCACUGUGACUUCAAUGAAUUCAACAUUAUGAUUGAUGAUGAUGAAAAAGUCACCAUGAUUGAUUUUCCACAAAUGGUAUCUGUGUCUCACCGUAAUGCGGAAAUGUAUUUUGACCGUGAUGUUGAAUGCAUCAUUAAGUUUUUCCGAAAAAGGUUCAACAUGUCUUUUAGCCAACGUACGGAUGAUAGUGAAGAUUCAGAUGCAGAUGCAGAUGAAAGUGACAGGCCUUCCUUUUUUGUAAUAGCCAGAACUGCUGGUUUUCUAGACAAGGAGCUUGCUGCUAGUGGGUUUACAGGAAAAGAUCAACAUGACAUUGAGAAGUUCAUUGAAGGAGGGGAUGAUACUGAUGCAACUGUAGACAAUGAAGGAGCUGAAGACGAAGGUGUCUCUAACUUGAAUCAAACCAAUAUCGAGGGCAUUGAUUCUCUUACCUUGCCGGAGGAGGGAGAACAAAUUCCAAAGUUCAAUGAGAAAGUUAAAUUAGAGGAGAGUAACAAUGGCAAUAAAGCCGGUCAAAACAAUGAGGAGGGAACUCAUGAUGACAGUGACAAGGAGGAAGAUGAUGAGGCCGUGAAUGACGAAAACCCCGAUCUGACAAGGAGCUUGAACAAGCAGAGACGACGUGCCAUUGCCGCAGCACGCAGGGGUCAGAAGAAGACAUCUUCUUCCAGAAAUUCUUACAAGGACAAGGGUAGUAAAUCCAAUCAAAAUUCCAAGAUUCAGAGACAAUUAAGCAACUGGUGAGGUGACAAAUACAGUAACUUGGGCUGGAUAUGGAAGAGAUUUGUGCGACAUGUUCGGUGUGAGGCGUGGUAUUUAUUUAUUUCUGCUUAAAGAUAAGAUGCGUUUAAUUCAACAAUUUUAAGUAAAGAAUAUAUAAUGAAGUAUUUUUUUGAAGAAAAAUAGUAUGGAGGGAAUUAAAUAAACACCGUCGAUUAUUAUUGAA